GCCUUGUAACCAACAGCAACCACGGAAAGGGGCAAAAGACUCAACUUCUGCUCUGCCUGUGAACCCCUUGAAGGACAAAAUACUUCUUAAUUUUUAAAAAAAAAUUAUUUUGUGAACGAUUACGAGACUAUCUUUCUCUGCCCAGAGGAAUCCUAACAGCAGCGUCCCCCGCAGAGCCAUGCUGUAUACCAAGUCCGGGACUGUGUGCAGUCAGACACCGGCCGAGGAAUCGCACCUAGCUCCUGCGGUGAAGAAUAGGAAGAAGAGAGAAAGCUUCAAGGAUCUGUACAGUGUGGGCAAUAAACUGGGCAGCGGCGGCUUCGGAACUGUUUACUCGGCUGUGAGGAUCUCCGAUGGAGCUCCGGUGGCGGUUAAACACGUGCCCAGGAAGAAAGUGGCGGAUUGGGGUCGUCUGAAUGACCACCCUGUGCCGAUGGAGAUCAUCCUGAUGAGGAAGGUGUCUUUGCCGGAGCACCGAGGUGUGAUUCGCCUGCUGGACUGGUUCUCCAGGCCGGACGGCUUCCUGCUGGUGAUGGAGCGCCCACCUAGAGCCAAGGAUCUCUUUGACCUCAUCACCGAGCAGGGCCGGCUGUGCGAGGAGCGCUCCUGUUCCUUCUUCCGCCAGGCGGUGGAGGCACUGCGGCACUGCCAUGCCUGUGGGGUCACGCACCGGGACGUCAAGGACGAGAACCUUCUGGUCGACCUGCGCACCGGCGAGCUCAAGCUCAUCGACUUCGGCUCGGCAGCCCUGCUGCGCGACACCGCCUACACCGAUUUCGAUGGCACCAGAGUGUACAGCCCGCCAGAGUACAUCAGCGAAGGGCGCUACCAUGCCCUCUCCGCUACUGUCUGGUCCCUCGGGGUCUUGCUCUACGACAUGGUCUGUGGUGAUAUUCCCUUCGAGCGAGAUGUGGAAAUCCUGGCUGGCGAGAUCCAGCUGCCCUGCAGCAUCUCCAAGGAGUGCGAGGAGCUGAUACGAUGGUGCCUCUCCAUGCAACCCUCUGAACGGCCCACCCUCGACCAGAUACUGUGCCACCCAUGGGUGCAGCGGGACAUCACCAGACCGAAAGCUGUGGGCCUCUGGAGCCCGGGGGAGACUCCAAGUGUAACACCAGCCAGGAGAGACAGUAGGGAGCAGACAGAGCGGACAUGAACACAUUCUGUUACUCGUCAACGUGUGGAUGGAGGAGGAACUUUCAGGACUGAUGGGGACCUCGUCUGAUCGCUCUGUCAGCAGUGGCUGGCUGGUCAGUGAACAUUGGCCCCAGUGCUGGAGAGAACUAGAACUGCACACCCCUUGUUUGUCUCCCUCAUUCAUCCCGAAAGACAGUGCUUCCGACAGUGCAGCUCUCCCUCAGCACUGACCCUCCUACAGUGUGGUGCUCCCUCAGUAUUGACCCUCCGACAGUGCAGCGUUCCCUCAGUACUGACCGUCCGACAGUGCUGCGCUCCCUCAGCACUGACCCUCCAACAGUGCAGCGAGAGAGGGGGUGCAAAGCGAUGGGGAUCUAACACCAUUAUGAUCGUUCGUGUAUUCACAGGGGUGGCAGGAGUGAGGUGUUUAAGGAACUGACCAGCACCCACCCCACCCCGGUCGAUCAGCUGUUGUUCAGUCAGCCAAUCACAAUUGUGUCUAUUUAAAUGUAUAUAUAUUUAUAAGAUAUUGUGACUGUGUUCUGAUUGGUGGCUGUUUAAAGUGUAGUGAAAUAUCCUAUUUAAAAUGAUGAUUUCCAUGAGUAGCUGCAAUUUCUCUCCAUUCUCCCCUUAAGGCCACUUGCGAGCUUUACAGACCUGGCACUUUUCUGGAGGGGGUGUUGGGUGGGGCAUUGAGAGAUUCCUCCCUCACUCCCAACCCCACUCACCACCCCCACCCACCCACAUUCUCAAGCACACUGAUAAGGGAAGAAGCGUGGACUUAAGGCGAAAGCAAUGCACAGUCGUUCGAUCGCAUUGUGAGGCACGCUGUGUGCAAAUAGCUGAGGGGGAGUUGGUGGUGUUGCGGGUGCGGGGAUGGCACCGGAGAGCUUUGGCCAUGCCAGUGCCUUCGGGAGAGCGCCGGGGAGGCCCGAGCUUGGGUGAGGUUCUGGGGAAAUUCUGGAAGCAGCUGGGCCCACCCUGGUCUGUAAAUACUUGUGUAUUGUGCCCAGGCUGUAGAUGGUGCCGCUGAUAUCAUGUUCGUGGUUCAACGUGAAACCCUCUUGUGAAUCGCGGCACGAGAUUGUCUUUAAAUCGCGGUGUCGGUUAGCGAACCGACAGUCGUUACAGCAUAGCAGGCCAUUCGGCCCAUCGAGCUGAUGCCAGAGAAACUACCUGCGUAUUUAUGAUGUUUUGUGUGGACUCAAUAAAAUUAAACAUUGUUUCA